UGUUGUCCCCACACGCGCGCCCCCGCAACCAUCGUCUGUUGCGUCGCGCGAGAUGGGAUGGGCUUCGGAGUUGGGAUGGGAGCAGGAGCAGCCACAGAUUUUCCUCCUCCCCCUUAGCCACCCAGCCACCCGCCUCCGCCAUGCCGUCCUCUCCUCCCAACCCUAGCCGCAACGCGACCCCUCGGCGACUCCUCCCCGCUUAGCCCUCACGCCCCCUCCGCCGCCGCCGCCCGCACAUCCGGAACCGGCGGCGAUGCAGGCCGCGGCACGCCGCCCGCACCGAUGGGUCAAGGAGUGGGUUCCGCAGGAUCUGGUCGUCGCCGGCGGGCCGUGCGCUCUCUACAAGUGGGUGCGAGAGGAUAGGUUGUCUGCUCUCAAAUCCAGAGAUAAGGAAGAAGGAGCAGAAGUUGCAAAACCUGAACCAACCACUGAGGUUCUUUUCCUGUGCAGCUAUGAGGGCUGUGGGAAAACUUUUUUUGAUGCAGGGGCUCUUAGGAAACAUGCUCAUGUUCACGGGGAGAGGCAGUAUGUAUGUCACUACGAUGGUUGUGGCAAGAAAUUUUUAGACAGCUCUAAGCUGAAGAGGCAUUUUCUUAUUCAUACUGGAGAGAAGAACUUUGUCUGCCCUCAUGAAGGCUGUGGAAAGGCUUUCUCAUUAGAUUUUAAUUUAAAGGCACACAUGAAAACACAUUCUGCGGAUAAUUAUCAUGUGUGCAAGUACCCAGAAUGUGCUCGAAGGUUUACACAGGAAUCAAAACUAAGAGCUCAUAUCAAGCAACAGCAUGAAAAGGGUGGCCUCCAGAAUCCAGGUGGAUCUGCAACGAACCGCAGUGCUCCAGUAGACCACUCCCAUCAUAACAACACAUUGAAACCACCAGUAGCUCCACCAGCUCCCUCAGCUGAUCGCCCUUACGUCUGCCCUUAUGAUGGAUGUGCCAAGGCAUAUAUUCAUGAGUAUAAACUUAACCUUCAUCUGAAGAAAGAGCAUCCCAAUCACUACCAGGAUGCCGGUGCGCAAACCGCCUCUUCGAAGAGCCACAUGUCAAAGCGAAGAAAGAAGCCGGUCCUGACAACCAAAAUGCCACUGCCCAAGAUCCCUAAGAGGAGGGGUUACACAGCACCAUACCAACCUGUCAGUGUCGUCGAGGAGCACCAGUGGCCAAAUAAUAAUGUCCUGUACGAGGACGAUAGUGAGGAGACUGAGGAAGAGGGAGAAAACGCCGAGGACGGGGCGAGGUACAGAGCUGCUAGCAGCGACGACGAUGAGGAGACCGAAGAUGAAGAAUGAGCUGCUCAAUCGGUCAUUUUGUCAUCCAGUGUUUGUGCAUAUGAUUUACAAAAUGUUAGCUUUUGGGUUAUAGUGGUUGCAUACAUGAUACAUGUACAAUAUUCAAAAUAAGGCUGAGUAGUUAGUCAGAAUUGAGAAUUACCCCCUCAUGAACUAUAUGCAGGUUGUUUAUGUUGGGCUGCGCCCCAUUAAUCAAAUUGAAAAGGACAAUCACAAAAUACACCAUUGUUUGUAGCAUUUUGUGCUUGCACCUGCUUGUUUUCAAGAGGCAUUGGACAAUAAUGUUUCGAUUUGUGUCUGAC